UAGUCACGUCCUGCAUACCGAUCUUACUAGGUAGUUAUCGACCCUGAACGCAAUAACCAUGGGCUCUCAUAAAGCCAUCCCCCUCUGGAAGUGGUCUCUCUCCUGCCGGCUUUGUGUCCUUGCAAACUAGAGACCCCUUACCAUGGUCUUACAGCUCGAAACACCCAACCCGACGGCGACAACAUCAUCAGAAACAGCAUCAUGGAGGUGACGGCCCCGGCAGCUCGCGUGCUCGAGGUCCGCACCCGAAUCAUCACGCAAACAAUCACGCGCCCCUCCACGACCAUCACCGCCCUCGUCGCCCUCGGCGACGCACCAUCAGACCUUCUACUUCUAACCCCAACCGACGCCUCUGCUACACCGCCAGCGCUCGCAGCCGCAGCACCGACGACAGACCUCGCCGUCCCUUCCUCCUCCUCCUCCUCUUCCACCACUCUCUCCUCGAAGCAACUCGGCGCCCUGUUGGGCUCCAUCCUCGGCUUCGCCUUCGUCAUCCUCCUCACGUGCUGCUUCUUGUCCCUCCGCCGGCGGCAGCAGCUGCGCCAGAGGAGGCGCGACGCCCGGGAGUACGACCGCCACCACCGCCGCUACUACUAUUACUACUACGGCGACGAUGACAACGACGGCGGAGGCGGCCGGGUUCGGGUGGCUAGCAGCACGUGGACGACGGUGCCGGCGUCGGUGUGGUUCCCGCCUACGCCGAGGUACACGACGUAUUCGCAGACGAGCAAGGAGCAGAUUGGCGGUGUGAGGAGGUACCCAUGACCAUUUGUUGUUUGCUGUGCUGUGGUGGGCGGGAGAGAGCGAGGAUUGAGAAGGUUCGGGUAGGGGAAGGGGUUGGGGAGUCUGCCUUGAGUGGCGAUUCAUUUGACGGCUGUUGUCCUUCGCGUAUCGCGGCGGGCUGCCCAGGAUGGGGCGAAUAAUCAUAGCAACGAGUCCCGCAAGUCCGGGUCAUAUUAGUGGGGUUGGGGGCUGAAUGGACACGGGUUGAGGACACAGGCCAGGCCUCCUCAUGGUUAGGUAGCUACUAUUGAUCAUUUACCCAUGGCUUCAGAGCCACAGGUAAAAUACCAAAAUCAGAUCUACCGGAACCGAGGCGAUGGAAUACGGUGGUUAUAGUAAAAUCGAGAUAGUUCAAUAGUUCGAUGUCUCUGUCUCUCGUAGGUUCCUGUAAGUGGGACACAGAUUCAAGGCU